AUGGAUAACAUCAAAAUGGAUAACAUCAACUUUGCCUCAGCUAACUCUACUUUCGAUAACCUCGAUCCUUAUGUUUUAUCUUCAACUAAGGAAGAAAUGGACGUUAGAAAAGGUAACUUCAGCAUUGUUACGAAAAAUAAGAAAAAGGAAUUCCCUAAAGUAUUUUUCAUAGAUCUGGAAGAUUAUCGAAAAAAUGGCGCAGAAGAGCAGAGUUGCAAAGGAAGUUUACGAGCAAUUUCUUCUGCCAUACAAGAACAACAAUCGAAUUUCCCUCAGCACCGAUUGUCCACAACCAAUGACUGUGAGUGUGAACGGAGCCACGAUCUCCAUAGAAACCCCAGAGGAUGCUCUCUGUUACCUCUACACGAUCAACUAUCCCCUCCUAAAGAACCUCUACACGAUCAACCAUCUCCUCCCAAAGAAAGAUCCCAAGAAAAAGAUAAAGGAAUUCACAUACCUGAGACAGGUGAAAUUUCUUUUUCGGCAUCUCGAACAACUUCGUCGAUGGAUAAUUAUGAUGUUUCAGCUCACAAAAAGACAAAGGAAGAAGUAGCAAAGCAUCGACCGAUACCUUUUUCCUCGGGAAGAUGGAGAUGUGAUUUCAAUUAUAGCAAAGUGGGAAUUCGGGAAUUGUGCGGAGACGAAUGCCUGGACUUCCGUAUGCCAGUUCAGAAUGGAUCUUCCAAUCAAGACUCGAACAAUAUCGAUUCAGACAAAAGAAGUAAUGUUGCCAUGCGAGAAUUGCGAAGCUUGUCAGAAUUGGUUGAUGCUGUCAGGAAUAAUUGUAAAUUUCAUGAAUUCGAUGAAUCCCAACUUAAAUAUAAAUGGAUAAUUGAUGAGGAAAAUAAGGAAUAUUUCAGUGAUGCAUAUGGCAUCACUAAUAUUAAUCCAUUACUUGUAGAUAAUUAUGGAAUGAAUAUUUUGUUUUUAGAUAGCCGUGGCAUUCUAUUUGAAUGGUGCGAAUUUACAAAAGACAUGUAUGUCUUAGGAAUCAAUGAAAUGGAAGGCCUUGCGAACUUACUUUAUCAUCCAGAAAAGAGGCUCAAGAUUAUGGAAGACACUGGUGAGAUGAUACCUGAUGUGGAACUUAAACGACAAGCAAAAGAGAUUGUGAAAGCUCGGCUUGCUAAUUUAAAAAAAGCGUGA